CCGCCGCCGCCGCUCCCGCUCGCGCCGGCGCUGCACGGGAGUCAGCCUACCGCCGCCGCCUGCUUUGUGCUUCCCACAGAAGAUGGGAGCGACCUCUUCCUGAUCGGGAGCUGUUUAAAACGAGGGAGUGCGCCGUAUUUCCUACUAGCGUGGAGGAACGGAGGAAGAAUCCAUUCACACUCCCCAAACCAGGUUGUGACAGUUGGAAGUGUCGUGUACAACAUGCGGCGAUUAAGUCUUUCACCCACCUUUUCAAUGGGAUUUCAUCUGUUAGUUAUUGUGGCUCUCUUAUUUUCCCAUGUGGACUAUGUAAUUGCCGAGACAGAAAUGGAAGGAGAAGGAAAUGAAACUGGUGAAUGCACUGGCUCAUAUUACUGUAAGAAAGGGGUAAUUUUGCCCAUUUGGGAACCCCAAGACCCUUCUUUUGGGGACAAAAUUGCUAGAGCUACUGUGUAUUUUGUGGCCAUGGUCUACAUGUUUCUUGGAGUCUCUAUCAUAGCUGAUCGGUUCAUGUCCUCUAUAGAAGUCAUAACAUCUCAAGAAAAAGAAAUAACCAUAAAGAAACCCAAUGGAGAGACCACCAAGACAACUGUGAGGAUCUGGAAUGAGACAGUUUCUAACCUGACCUUGAUGGCCCUGGGAUCUUCUGCUCCUGAGAUUCUCCUUUCAGUAAUUGAAGUGUGCGGCCAUAACUUCACUGCAGGAGACCUUGGUCCUAGCACCAUCGUGGGAAGUGCUGCAUUCAAUAUGUUCAUCAUUAUUGCACUCUGUGUUUACGUGGUCCCUGACGGAGAGACAAGGAAGAUUAAGCAUUUGCGUGUGUUCUUUGUGACAGCAGCCUGGAGCAUCUUUGCCUACACCUGGCUUUACAUUAUUUUGUCUGUCAUCUCUCCUGGCGUUGUGGAGGUCUGGGAAGGUUUGCUUACUUUCUUCUUCUUUCCCAUCUGUGUUGUGUUCGCUUGGGUGGCGGAUAGAAGACUUCUGUUUUACAAGUAUGUCUACAAGAGGUAUCGAGCUGGCAAGCAGAGGGGGAUGAUUAUUGAACAUGAAGGAGACAGGCCAUCUUCCAAGACUGAAAUUGAAAUGGAUGGGAAAGUGGUCAAUUCUCAUGUUGAAAAUUUCUUAGAUGGUGCUCUGGUUCUGGAGGUGGAUGAGAGGGACCAAGAUGAUGAAGAAGCUAGGCGAGAAAUGGCUAGGAUUCUGAAGGAACUUAAGCAGAAGCAUCCAGAGAAAGAAAUAGAGCAAUUAAUAGAAUUAGCUAACUACCAAGUCCUAAGUCAGCAGCAAAAAAGUAGAGCAUUUUACCGCAUUCAAGCUACUCGCCUGAUGACUGGAGCUGGCAAUAUUUUAAAGAGGCAUGCAGCUGACCAAGCAAGGAAAGCUGUCAGCAUGCACGAGGUCAACACUGAAGUGACUGAAAAUGACCCCGUUAGUAAAAUCUUCUUUGAACAAGGGACAUAUCAGUGUCUGGAGAACUGUGGUACUGUGGCCCUUACCAUUAUCCGCAGAGGUGGUGAUUUGACCAACACUGUGUUUGUUGACUUCAGAACAGAGGAUGGCACAGCAAAUGCUGGGUCUGAUUAUGAAUUUACUGAAGGAACUGUGGUGUUUAAGCCUGGUGAGACCCAGAAGGAAAUCAGAGUGGGUAUCAUAGAUGAUGAUAUAUUUGAGGAGGAUGAAAAUUUCCUUGUGCAUCUCAGCAAUGUCAAAGUAUCUUCUGAAGCUUCAGAAGAUGGCAUACUCGAAGCCAAUCAUGUUUCUACACUUGCUUGCCUCGGAUCUCCCUCCACUGCCACUGUAACUAUUUUUGAUGAUGACCACGCAGGCAUUUUUACUUUUGAGGAACCUGUGACUCAUGUGAGUGAGAGCAUUGGCAUCAUGGAGGUGAAAGUAUUGAGAACAUCUGGAGCUCGAGGAAAUGUUAUCGUUCCAUAUAAAACCAUCGAAGGGACUGCCAGAGGUGGAGGGGAGGAUUUUGAGGACACUUGUGGAGAGCUCGAAUUCCAGAAUGAUGAAAUUGUGAAGAUCAUUACCAUUAGAAUAUUUGACCGUGAGGAAUAUGAGAAAGAGUGCAGUUUCUCCCUUGUGCUUGAGGAACCAAAAUGGAUAAGAAGAGGAAUGAAAGGUGGCUUCACAAUAACAGAUGAAUAUGAUGACAAGCAGCCACUGACCAGCAAAGAGGAAGAGGAGAGACGCAUUGCAGAAAUGGGACGCCCCAUCCUGGGAGAGCACACCAAGUUGGAAGUGAUUAUUGAAGAAUCCUAUGAAUUCAAGAGUACUGUGGACAAACUCAUUAAGAAGACAAACCUGGCCCUUGUGGUUGGGACAAACAGCUGGAGAGAACAGUUCAUUGAAGCUAUCACUGUCAGUGCUGGGGAAGAUGACGACGACGAUGAAUGUGGGGAAGAGAAGCUGCCCUCCUGUUUUGAUUACGUGAUGCACUUUCUGACUGUGUUCUGGAAAGUCCUCUUUGCCUUCGUCCCCCCUACUGAAUACUGGAAUGGCUGGGCGUGUUUCAUUGUCUCCAUCCUCAUGAUUGGCCUACUGACAGCUUUCAUUGGAGACCUGGCUUCCCACUUCGGCUGCACCAUUGGCCUGAAAGAUUCUGUGACUGCAGUCGUGUUCGUCGCACUUGGAACAUCAGUGCCAGACACAUUUGCCAGCAAAGUGGCAGCCACCCAGGACCAGUAUGCAGAUGCCUCCAUAGGUAACGUCACAGGCAGCAACGCAGUGAACGUCUUCCUGGGAAUCGGUGUGGCCUGGUCCAUCGCUGCCAUCUACCAUGCAGCCAAUGGGGAACAGUUCAAAGUGUCCCCUGGCACGCUAGCUUUCUCUGUCACUCUCUUCACCAUUUUUGCUUUCAUCAAUGUGGGGGUGCUGCUGUAUCGGCGGAGGCCAGAAAUCGGAGGUGAGCUGGGUGGGCCCCGGACUGCCAAGCUCCUCACAUCUUGCCUCUUUGUGCUCCUAUGGCUCUUGUACAUUUUCUUCUCCUCCCUGGAGGCCUACUGCCACAUAAAAGGCUUCUAAAGGAACUAUCAGAUAUAGAAAAUUUAUAUAUAUAUACAUAUAUAUACAUAAAAAUUAUGUAUAACGGACAGAGGAAACUGACAUUUGUCAUGUUCACUUACCUGCUGAUGGAAUCCAGCUUCAAGAGUAUACUCUGUACUAGGGCCGAAGUCAAAAACCAUCACCUCCCACUCCCAGGGGCAUCAUCAUGUUGAACAAGGCAUGGAGGCAGGGCCAUCUUUGCAGCUCGGUCUAGAAGGGCUGCACUCUCUCCAGGUUCAUAAAUCCUUCAGGCUUUGAUUUGUUUUCUUGUUUUUGAUUUUGUUUUCAGUGGGGCUGGGGAGGUAGUUAAUGUUUGGCUUUAUUUUUGUUAUUUUGUUUUGUUUUGUUUCGUUGGGAGAGUCAGGGUUGUUGCUUUUCUUUGUGGGAAGUGAAACCAUCCAAAUGUAAAUGGGUUUUGGUAAAAAUUUAAAUCAUUAAUAUUCUCCCUCACCUCCCCCAAUCACUUUAAAACUUAUUUUGGAUUAAGAAAAAAAUCUGGGCAUGGAAGAAGAAAGAAGCAUGUCUUCAUUGUAUUACCAAAGUUCAUGCUUAUCUCCGGAAUGUGAGCAGAGGUGAAACUGCCUCCAAGAAGAAGCAUGAGAGUGGAAUGGAGCCAGGAAAUCUGAUGGUUCUCGAUAUAGUCUGGUAUUUAAAGAUGUGAUACCCGGCACUCUCGUUUAACAGGUACAAGGAAAAUGUGCCUAGAUUCCCAGAAACAUUCAAAAUCCUUUCUUUCUUAUCUCAUUAGCUCUGGACUGUGAUUAGCAAGGUCCUUCAUCUAGCAUCCAGCCCAGCUAAGCCCCCAGGUGCCCUAUCCCAACCCUGUUCCUUCUGUCCACCUGCCAUCCCCUAUGCAAACAGUAAGAAUAACCCCAUUCAAAAAACACAUCAUCAUUUUCCAUUUGCAUUAAUAUGUGUCCCAGUCCCAUGUUGCUGUUGCUUGGGAUUGUC